UCUUGACUGAAAGUAGCAUCAAUAAGCAGAGAAAAUGACUGGUCGCGGUAAAGGAGGAAAGGGACUCGGAAAAGGAGGCGCCAAGCGUCAUCGCAAGGUUCUUCGUGAUAACAUCCAGGGAAUCACCAAGCCCGCAAUUCGCCGUCUGGCUCGUCGUGGUGGUGUCAAACGUAUCUCCGGUCUGAUCUACGAAGAGACACGAGGAGUGCUGAAGGUGUUCCUGGAAAAUGUCAUCCGAGAUGCCGUCACCUACACUGAACACGCCAAGCGAAAGACCGUCACCGCAAUGGAUGUCGUCUAUGCUCUUAAGCGACAGGGACGCACUUUGUACGGCUUUGGAGGUUAAAUAGCUAGAACUCACAUGAAACAGAAU